AUGGUUAUUAAUAUUGCUCUCUCCAGCUCCAGGAUGUUCCAGGUGCUCCAGGGUCACAUCCAGCCAGCUGGACGCCGCAGCCGCAAAUCCCGCCUGGUCACCAAAGACGGGCACUGCAACAUUGAGUUUGGCAACAUUGAAUACAGCAACCACUUUGCGUACCUGGUGGACUUCUGGACCACGUUUGUGGAGAUCCGCUGGCGCUUUGUUCUCCUCCUGUUCGUGGCCUCAUUCACAGGCAGCUGGUUCAUUUUCAGCUUGCUGUGGUACUGGAUUGCAAAGAGCAACGGGGAUCUAACGGGGCAGAACCGCACAGACGGACAUAUCCAGUGCAUAGACAAUGUUAACGGCCUCACAACAGCAUUCCUCUACUCCCUGGAGACCCAGACCACCAUUGGGUAUGGUGGCAGGGCGCUGACUGGACACUGUGCCGGCACUGUGGCUCUUAUCAUAAUCCAAUCUCUAAUAGGCGUCUUCAUCAAUUGUUUCAUGUGUGGCAUCAUCUUAGCCAAGAUCUCUUUACCCAAGAAACGGGCAAAGACCAUCACCUUCAGUGACACAGCUGUCAUCUGCUUAAAGAAAGGGAGUCUGUGUCUCCUGAUCAGAGUGGCAAACCUUCGAAAGACCUUAUUAAUCGGUAGCCAGAUCUACGGGAAGCUGCUAAGGACAACAACCACACCAGAUGGAGAAACCAUCAUUCUGGACCAGGUGGAUAUUGACUUUAUGGUUGAUGCCGGCAAGGAUAACUUGUUUUUUGUUUGUCCUAUGACUCUCUAUCACGUGAUCAACAAAUCAAGCCCAUUUUAUGAGCUAUCAGCUGACUCUCUUCCCCACCAGGACUUUGAGUUAGUGGUCUUUUUGGACGGGACAGCCGAGUCUACCAGCUCCUCCUGUCAGGUCCGGACUUCCUACAUCCCUCAGGAAAUUCAAUGGGGAUACAGUUUCUUGCCCAUCAUCUCUCGCACCAAGACGGGGAAGUACCGUGUGGACUUCUCAAACUUUUCCAAAAGUGUCCAGGUUACCACGCCUCACUGCGUCCAUUGCUUUGAGACAGACACAGACCAGAGAAAUCACAACAGCCACAACCGAGAAAAUCACAACAACCAGCACAAGUUGGGGAUCGACAACUUGGGGUUUCAGGUGAUUGACAUUCACGACUCUGUGGACAUCACCAAAAUGUGAGUGGUUAGGAGCUUCUGAAGCCUGAAGAGCCAUCUUGGUUUUUUGGAGCCAGAAGUGACCGUAUUUGAACAAGAGGUGGAUCAGACUGAGAUCCCGAAGACAGUGUGUACACCCACCUAGUGGCAAACUGACAUUUGGCUCUUGGCUACUCUGUGCAAAUUCGCUACAAAAAAAUGUUUUCUUCUUAAAUCAAGGUAGCGCAAAACCAAGUUCAUGGCUGUUUAAAUGUACACGGUGCAACGGAUACGUAUUGCUAUGCCUCUUUUCUGAUUGACAGGCCACUGAGGUAGCGACAUGUUAAUCACAAAUAGCACCACUCUGAAGCAUACGCUGCUGUGUCGUCUUUGUUGGAGUCGCCACCUGCUGCUCAUUAGAAAUAAUGCAGGUUGGAGGCACUUCCACAUUGGCAACCUCAGAAUAAAAUGUCUGUUUCUACAAAUCACAGAUAUGCGAAAUGUAUGACUCUGAAACCUGUGCGACCCAAGAAAACCCUCAUAGUUUGUUACAAAACUUAAGUUUCACUUUCACACGGCACAUGGACGGGACAUCAACUGGGUGAAAGUGUGGUGUAUGUUUGACCCACCCAUCCACCCCAAUGUCCUCCCAUCCAUAAGGUGUGUCACUUGUUAUACUACGUCACCUGGCGCGUGGAGCAAUUGAUAAUAAUCAACGCUGCCCUCCACUGGUUACCUACCGAGUUUUAGAAUCGAUUUUAAGGUUUUAUUGCAUGUUUUUAAAGCCAUAGAUGUUCAGGCUCCUGCUUACAUUUGUGAUAUGCUUACUCCCUAUGAGCCUGAUUGCUGCCUGAGAUCCUCCAGCAGAUCUCAGACAAACUCAGUGUCAUCUCAUAAAUCUCUUCCUAAGAUUUUGCCUUUUCUUAACCUUUUACUUAUUUUAAAUAGUUUUUAUUAUGUUAUGUUAUUUUUAAUUGUCAUUUGUUUUAUUGUCAAGCACCUUUUAACCUUGUUUUGAAAGGGGCUAUACCAAUAAAAGUUAUUAUUAUUAAUAAUAUUGACACAGAUAGUUUUACAAUGAAGUUGCAGUAGUUGGCUAUUGGAUGAUUUGAUCUAAGGAGCUUGAUUCAACUGCCAAUCUCACAGUCGAAUCAUAAAAGUGGUACAAACAUUUGGAUAUGAAACAAAAGAUCUUUCCAUUCGGACUACAUGGGAGAGGUUAAUGUCUGAUUUUUACAUAGAACUGCUUGGUUUCUCACAAUAACUCAUGACAUUAUCUUUUGGUAUCCAUGUCAGCCUUUUGAUAAUACUGUUGGAAGUAAAACAGUAGCAAAAUUAGAAGUAAGAGCAGAAAUUUGAAAUUCUGGUCUUCGGUAUUGGUGAAUACUGGUCUACUUCAGGCACUGCCUAUACAGAUGUUAAAGGGUGCGACAUACGUGUCACAUCAAGCUAUCUGUGGUUUGCAGAAACAGAUCAGAUCAGAAUGCGGUAAAUAAACUGUGAAAAGUGA